CCCAGAGCAAAUGGCUAACUCAGAAAGCAUGUCUGGAAGAACUGAUUCUCCUAUCCCACCCUUUGGAGAGAGUGAACAAUCACCUAACAGUCUCUUCACGGGAGUGUCUCAUUUGGAGAAUACAAAACCAAAAAAGAGAAAGUUAUUCCGGAGAUUUAUGUCUGAAAAUAAAAUAUUUGAAGGAAAAACUGUGAAUGACAAAACCUGGCAGGAACUCAGCAAGCAUAAGAAUGAUUCCCACAUCAGAAGGCCCUGUCAGCUAAAAGAUAUAAAUGAAGAUGAUUUUAUAAGUAACAGCAUGCAUACUCUUCAAGGAAAAACACUACAAGGAACUUCCUGUCAGGUUACCUCUGAAUGUUGGAGUCCAUUUCACUAUCAACGACAUGUUGAGCCUACUCUUGAUGAAAUGGUUCAAGAAUUUAUGUAAAGCAACAAAAGGAGAUACUUACCUAGCCAAAUGUCCCCAAGGAUAUUGGAGGAACAAUGAAUUCCUCUGAUCCAAUUCUAGAUUUUACAGAUGAAGGGUUGAAGUGCAGAGAGGUGAAGUGGCUCACUCAAAUUCACAUGCCUAGUCACAAAGCAGAUUUUCAAAGAAGAGCCAUCAUUCGUCUACACAUAAGGGCAGGUUCUUACUCCAGGUUUGGUUGACAUUUCUUGUGUCUAUUAAAUUACAUAUCCUAAAUUUAAAAGUUGUUUUUUUACUGUGUAAUUUUCCAUCCAUAGCUCCUCUUCUUGCUAAAAAUCCAAUAGACACUUAAUACAAGUUGAUGAAUUUGCAUACUGGCUCUUAACAUUUCCUAUUGUUGACAUUUUUUUGGUCAGCUAGGAGGUGUACCGAAAAAGAGAAAUGCUCUUAUGAGCAGUUUUAGAAACUUCUUCAAAAUUUCAGAGCAGAGGAUAUUACGCAGGAAGUAGGAAAGAUGUGACUUCUGUGGCCUUUUCCCUUAAAUAAACACAACCCUCGUUUGCAACUCUGGUUUGUGUAAUCCUGGCAAUUCCCACCGAGUUUGGCGGUGUCUUCACAUUCAAAGACCGACCCUAAGCUUUACUUCAAAGAGCAGUCUUGGCUUCCCCUGCAGAAGUGGAGAAUUGGCCAUGACAUUGCCGCUUAAUUUUACUAUGGAAAAUUAGGCCCUUGUGGCUUCUGGAAGACUCCUUUCCUUUUUUACUGUGUUCUCAGAGGGCACAUGAUUAUUCCAAGACCUGAAUUAUGCACCCCAAAAUCUGCUUGAGAGGAGGGAGGAGCUAGAAGAUUUUAUUAGGACUUGAAAGGAUUUUAGUGUUUAUAUGGUGGGAUAAGACUAUUACGUAAAUGGCUUUGUUAGACAUCCUAAAUUAUACCGCUUAGCUUCUUAAAUACCUGCUAAUCCUCUAGCCAAGCACGUUUCCCCUCCCUGCUCUUACCUUAUUCAAUCUUUCUCUCCUGUAAUAAUCCUUGAAUUUUAUUUGUAGCUCUUCUAUGACACACCAACUUUUUUUUUCCAGAUGUAUUUUUGGCCAGCUGUUCAGUUUGAAAAUAUAUAUGUUGACUAUGCUGAUUCUAGGAAUUGAUAUGUACAAAACAGUACUAGAACCCAAAGAGGUCACCUUCCAGUGAGGAGGUUAGGAAGAGAAACAUAUGAUUCUUUUUCUUAGUACUCAUAUUAGGCAAUGUGCAUCACA